UAGAAAGGUUUUUAAGAAAGAGAAGAACGAGGAUUAAUUGGGAAAGCUUAUUUAAAGAAUUAAAGUUAUUGCCGUUCUCCAUCUUCCUCCUCUUCCAAUAUAAAGCUUAGAGUUCAACACCCCCAAUCUCAAAGCUCGUGAAAUUAAGGAUUAAUAAAAGCUGACGGCAUGGAAAAUAAAGAGCCAUUGAUAAUAACAGACAAAGAUGAUAUGAGACGAUGGUCAAGGUCCGCGAGGGCCCAAGGCAAGAUUGUUGGCUUUAUCCCCACUAUGGGUUAUCUCCAUGAAGGCCAUCUUUCUCUCGUCCAAGAAUGCAAGCAACACUCCAACCUCACGGUUGUCUCAAUCUAUGUAAAUCCAGGGCAAUUCUCCCCCAAUGAGGACCUCUCCACUUACCCUUCAGAUUUUAUAGGCGAUAUUAACAAAUUGAAGAACAAAGCUGAUGGUGUCGAUGUUGUUUUCCACCCAAAAGAUUUGUACGAUUAUGGGAAACAUGAUGGUGUUGUGAAUGCAAGGAGAAAUGAUCUAGAAGAGGGAAAGGUGGUGUCUUGCGUGGAAAACAGUGGACAGGGUCACGAGACAUGGGUCCGAGUUGAAAGAUUGGAGAAGGGGUUGUGUGGGAGUAGUAGACCUGUUUUCUUUAGAGGGGUUGCAACUAUUGUAACCAAGUUGUUCAAUAUAGUUGAACCUGAUGUUGCUGUAUUUGGGAAGAAGGAUUAUCAGCAAUGGAGGAUUAUAGAAAGGAUGGUACGAGAUCUUGAUUUCGGCAUUAAAAUUAUUGGCGCAGAGCUAUUGCGUGACCCUGAUGGCCUUGCAAAGAGUUCACGUAAUGUGCACCUUUCACCGGAACAGAGGAAGAAGGCAACAUCAAUUAGUGAGUCACUGUUCCAUGCUAAAACUGCUGCACAGAAGGGCCAAGUAGUUUGCAUAGAAUUGAAGGAUUUAGUUAUCAAGACCAUACAUGAAGCUGGUGGAAAAGUUGAUUAUGCUGAGAUUGUAGACCAAGAAAGUUUGGAAGUGCUGGAAGAGAUCAAGAGCCCUGCAGUGUUUUGUAUUGCUGCGUGGUUUGGAAAUGUCAGGCUCCUCGACAACAUGGAGAUCGUCGUCUAGUAAGCAGUUUACACCAGGUCAUUUUGUUGGAAGAUAAUCUUAGUACUCGAUGUAUUCUGUAGUUUAUCUUAAUUGAUCGUGUAUCGUAAUUUGGCUUGGUGUAUCAAUUUUGGAAAUUGUGAAUAAAUGUGGACUCACCUCCAGUUAUACUCCAUCCGUUUCCUUAUA